CUCUCAAAUCUACUUUGGGGUCUUAAAACGAAACCGUACACCAUUUCACUGUGGACAUUACACCCUCUUACAGAUAUGGGAGACAUGGGAGACCCACCAAAAAAAAAACGCCUGAUUUCCCUAUGUGUUGGUUGCGGCAAUCAGAUUCACGAUCAGUAUAUUCUGAGGGUCUCUCCGGAUUUGGAAUGGCAUGCGGCAUGUUUGAAGUGUGCAGAGUGUAAUCAGUAUUUGGACGAGACCUGUACGUGCUUUGUUAGGGAUGGCAAAACCUACUGUAAAAGAGAUUAUAUCAGGUUAUACGGCAUCAAGUGCGCCAAGUGCAGCAUCGGCUUCAGCAAGAAUGACUUCGUGAUGCGCGCCCGCGCCAAGGUGUACCACAUCGAGUGUUUCCGCUGCGUGGCCUGCAGCCGCCAGCUCAUCCCCGGCGAUGAAUUCGCGCUGCGGGAAGACGGCCUCUUCUGCCGGGCGGACCACGACGUGGUAGAGCGGGCCAGCCUGAGCGCCGGGGACCCCCUUAGCCCCCUGCACCCCGCCCGGCCGCUGCAGAUGGCAGCAGAACCUAUCUCUGCCCGACAGCCAGCUCUGCGACCCCACGUCCACAAGCAGCCCGAGAAGACCACCCGAGUCCGGACUGUCCUUAAUGAAAAACAGCUUCACACCUUGAGGACCUGCUACGCUGCCAACCCCAGACCUGACGCCCUCAUGAAAGAGCAACUGGUAGAAAUGACUGGCCUCAGCCCGAGGGUCAUCAGGGUUUGGUUUCAAAACAAACGGUGCAAGGACAAAAAAAGAAGCAUUAUGAUGAAGCAACUUCAGCAACAGCAGCCCAAUGACAAAACUAAUAUCCAAGGGAUGACAGGAACUCCGAUGGUGGCUGCUAGUCCGGAGAGACAUGACGGUGGUUUACAGGCGAACCCGGUGGAGGUGCAAAGUUACCAGCCGCCCUGGAAAGUACUGAGUGACUUCGCAUUGCAGAGUGACAUAGACCAACCUGCUUUUCAACAACUAGUUAAUUUUUCAGAAGGAGGACCCGGGUCCAAUUCUACUGGAAGUGAAGUAGCAUCAAUGUCCUCUCAGCUGCCAGAUACGCCCAACAGCAUGGUAGCCAGUCCUAUUGAGGCAUGAAGAACAUUCAUUCAGAUUUCUGGUGUUGUUGUUUCUGCCCUUACCCUCGGCCCUGUUGGAGAGAGUGGGAAAGUGAUCGUGAUCCCAUUGGGACUCCGAAAUUUAGGGGGAAAAAGUAUUUAACAACUCUGUAAAGAACCUAGCAAGGAGACGCUUCAUGAAAUGAACGGAGUCAUGUUUGAAAAAACAAGGUAAUAUGGUAGCAACACUGUGAAGACAAUCAUGGGAUCUUACUAGAAUAAAAAGAAAAAAACAAAACCAAACACACA